CAAACCCUAAACUACAGAAUGUCUCUAUAACGCUGACUGACCGACUAGUUUAAGAUAAAUCAGCUGUGGAAGAAAACCAUUUUGCACAGAAACUGGGCUAAGAAAGUAACUGUUUUAGCUGUCUUUGAGGUUACAAAUACAAAAAAAAUCUACUAUUCUAGAUGGAGUUACCAAUAGCCAGUGACAGUGCUCACCUGGCUGCAUACAGAUCCAGACUUCCUCUGUCCGUAGCCAAUGGGAAGGCAGCACCUGGAGCGUAUGAUGAGUCUGGUUACUAUCAUUGUUACGGUGAUGGGAGCAGUGUAGCUUCCCGUGGAUCUGAAGCACUAACUGGCUACGACACUGUGGAUUCUCCACCACACUAUGACUUCUACGCCAACACUGAGGUGUGGGGCCGACGGAGACGUUUCAGACCAUCUCUUUACCAGCUCUACGCAAACCCUGGGGAUGACUCCAGACCUCCCUUGUAUGAAGAGACAACAAGUGGACACAUGGAAGGAGGAGACAGCUCCGAGGAAGAUGAGGAGGAGGGGAAGGAGCCACCACCUGAACCAACUCGCUUUGGCUGGGUACAGGGAGUCAUGAUCCGUUGCAUGUUAAAUAUAUGGGGGGUGAUUUUGUACCUGAGAUUACCCUGGAUCACUGCUCAAGCUGGUAUUGGUCUUACCUGGGUGAUCAUUGUGUUAUCUUCUUGUAUAACUGGGAUCACUGGUCUCUCAACCUCAGCCAUUGCUACCAAUGGAAAGGUCAAAGGAGGUGGGACUUACUUCCUGAUCAGUCGCAGCCUUGGUCCAGAGCUGGGUGGGUCCAUCGGUCUGAUCUUUGCCUUUGCCAAUGCUGUAGCUGUGGCCAUGCACACUGUGGGUUUUGCUGAGACUGUUACAGAUCUCAUGCGUGAAAAUGGAGCUGUCAUUGUGGACCGAACCAAUGACAUCCGCAUCAUUGGCAUUAUCACUGUCACAUGCCUACUUGGUAUCUCAAUGGCUGGCAUGGCAUGGGAGUCAAAGGCCCAGAUUCUGUUCUUCCUGGUCAUCAUGGUGUCAUUCGUUAGUUACAUUGUUGGAACAAUCAUCCCUGCCUCACCACAAAAACAAGCCAAGGGUUUCUUUAGCUACAAAGCUGCCAUUUUUGCAACUAAUUUUGUGCCCAACUGGCGGGGGCAAGAGGGCAGCUUCUUUGGCAUGUUCUCCAUUUUCUUCCCCUCAGCAACGGGUAUCUUGGCAGGGGCUAACAUCUCAGGAGAUCUGAAGAAUCCAACAGUGGCCAUCCCCAGAGGAACACUGAUGGCGAUAUUCUGGACUACCCUCUCAUACAUCAUCAUCUCAGCUACUAUUGGAUCCUGUGUGGUGAGAGAUGCAUCAGGCCUGUUAAACGACACUAUUCCACCAUCCUCAUCCAGUGAGGAUUGUGUUGGUGUAGCCUGUCAGUAUGGAUGGGACUUCACCCAGUGUAUCAACAAUAACACAUGCCUCUAUGGAAUCAGUAAUUACUAUCAGUCGAUGAGCAUGGUGUCAGCCUUCGCCCCUCUCAUCACUGCUGGGAUAUUUGGAGCAACACUGUCCUCUGCUUUGGCCUGCCUGGUGUCUGCUCCUAAAGUCUUCCAGUGUCUGUGUAAGGACAAACUGUACCCUUUAAUUGGCUUCUUUGGCAAAGGUUAUGGAAAGAAUGAUGAACCACUCAGAAGCUACCUGCUAACAUACAUCAUUGCUGCCUGCUUCAUUCUCAUUGCCGAGCUGAACACCAUCGCCCCUAUCAUCUCCAACUUCUUCCUCUGUUCCUACGCUCUGAUCAACUUCAGCUGCUUCCAUGCCUCAGUCACCAACUCACCAGGUUGGCGUCCAUCCUUCAGGUUCUACAAUAAAUGGCUGUCGUUGCUGGGAGCUCUGUGUUGUGUGAUUAUCAUGUUCCUGCUGACUUGGUGGGCAGCCCUCAUUGCCUUUGGUGUUGUCUUUCUCCUUUUGGGAUACACACUCUAUAAGAAGCCUGCUGUAAAUUGGGGCUCCUCAGUGCAGGCGAGUUCCUACAACAUCGCUCUGAACCAGUGUGUGGGCCUCAAUUAUGUGGAGGACCAUGUCAAGAACUACAGACCCCAGUGUUUGGUGCUCACAGGUCCUCCCAGCAGUCGUCCAGCCCUGGUGGAUCUUGUGUCAUGUUUCACCAAGAGACUCAGCCUCAUGAUGUGUGCCAAUGUGGUCACUGAUGACACCUCACCAUCAGUAGUGGAAAAGGCGAGCAGUGACAGUCAUGCUACCUGGUUGAACCAAAGGAAGGUGAAGUCGUUCUACAGAGGUGUGGUGGCCACAGAGCUACGAUCAGGAGUUAACAUGCUGCUACAGGGGGCAGGUUUGGGUCGCAUUAAACCAAAUGUUCUGCUGAUGGGUUUCAAGAAAGACUGGCGCAGUGACUCCCCACAGGCUGCACACAAUUAUGUAGGAAUACUGCAUGAUGCAUUUGACCUGCAGUAUGGUGUGUGCAUGCUGAGAAUGAGGGAGGGACUGGAUGUCUCCCGUCCAUCUCAAUCACAUGUCAAUCCAGGUUUUGAUGGAGGACCAGAGAGCAUAAACACCAUCGCUGCCCCUUCCCUCAUUCAGACAAGCACUGCUUCUGCUGUUUCUAUUGAAGCAGAGCCUCAGACAAGUACGGUGUUCCAGAAGAAACAAGGGAAGAAGACCAUUGAUGUGUACUGGCUGUCUGAUGAUGGAGGUCUGACCCUGCUGCUGCCCUACCUGCUGACUCGGAGGAAGCGCUGGGCCAGAUGUAAGGUCCGAGUGUUUGUGGGCGGAGACACAGACAAGAAGGAAGAGCAGAGAGAGGAGAUGGUAGCACUGAUCAAGAAAUUCCGUUUGGGUUUCCAUGAUGUUGAAGUCCUCCCAGACAUCUACCAGAGUCCCCAGCCUGGAAACGUUCAUCAGUUUGAGAAUAUGGUGGGUCGCUUCAGGCUCGACACAAACUCCAAACAGGACUCUGAUUCUGGGCCACCGGGACAGCAGGAGCAGCCGUGGAUGAUCAAUGACCAGGACUGGGAGAGGAACAAGGCCAAGUCUCUCCGUCAGAUCCGCCUAAAUGAGGUUCUGCAGGAUUACUCCAGAGAAGCUGCUCUGAUUAUCAUCACCAUGCCAGUGGGGAGGAGAGGCGUGUGUCCCUGUACGCUCUACCUGGCGUGGCUGGACUCCCUGUCACGUGACCUGAGACCCCCAGUCCUGUUGGUCAGAGGAAACCAAGAAAACGUCCUCACCUUCUACUGUCAAUGAAAUGCCUCCUCAAGACCAAAUGUGCACACACUGAUCAAUAAUUAAUAUCCAACAUCAUCAUCGACACAUAAGCCAAAACCUUGAUGACUACUCAUAGUUAUGUAAUCCUGUAACACAUGUAUGAUUCCUGUAUUUACCAUGUUUUUCUUUUGUUAAACAGCUUAAUGAUUUUAGAGAUACAACAGAGAUGAAUCACACUAGGUGACAUAUUUAUAAUUUAAGUCACUAUUGAUCAUAAAGACUGAUUGUAAAUACUUAUCAAAAUGAUUCCAUGUUUGACAGUUACAUGCAUAUAGAAUGUUAUGUUUCCUCUCCUCUUUAUUUGACAAAAUAAGAUAAAAAUUAG